AUGAGAAAGAGCUUCUGGGAUUAUUUCUAUGAACUGAAGCAGAAAUUCCCCUACGAUUGUGUGGGUAUAUAUUUGGGGCUGCAGCCAGGGCUCGUGGUGCAGUCUCCCGAUUUAGCCAGGAAAGUUAUUGUGGACUCGGAUAGUUUUCCAGAUAGAUUUACCUAUUCUGGGUCAAAUGGUGAUCCUAUUGGUUCGUUAAACAUGUUCGUCUGUAAGGGCAAGAUGCGAAAACAUAUUCAGCAAGUCUAUUCUCCGAUAUUCACUACAGUUCGUCUGAAGAAAUUAACGCAAUUGAUGACCGUCAACGGUAAAGACCUUACAGAUAAAAUUCAGAGAGAUUUCGUCGACGAUAAGAAGAGGGUGAAUUUGAAGGAACUGAUGAUAAUGUACGUCUCUGACACAUUAGCCUUCAGCGUGUUUGGUAUAAGACUGAGCGUGUUGAAAGGCGAAGACUCACCGCUUUGGCAGAUCACGAAACAUAUAACGAAAUGCAACUUUAUGCGCGGCUUUGAAAUAUCGUCAAUUUUCUUCAUCCCGAGUCUUGCAAAAAUUUUACGAAUGAAAUUCUUUUCGGGACCCGCAACCGACUUUUUAGAAAAGGUGUUUUGGUCUGUUGUAAAAAUUCGCCAAGAAACGGGAGAAAUAAAUGAUUCGGAUUUAGUGGACUAUUUUCACAAAUUGAUAGACAAAUUCACUGCUAAUGGUUACGAGGAUAAUACGAGUAAAAACCUAAUGCUUGCUCAAAUCGGUGCCUUUAUAAUGGCAGCCUCAGAGACCAGUACAGUUGCACUCACCUAUUGCCUCUUCGAGUUGGCUUAUCACCAAGAGGAGCAGGAAAUAUUGUAUAACGAGAUCGAGGAAGCUCUGAGAAAAUCAGGAAAAGAUAUUUUGGAAUACAACGAAUUCCUAGAAUUAAAAUACCUCACUGCUGUAAUAAAUGAAACAUUACGCAAAUCUGUGCCUAUGCAACACUUGGACAGAGUAGCAAUUAAAGACUACCAACUGACAGAUAAAAUAACGGUAGAAAAAGGGACACCUGUCUUUAUCAACGUGGCAGCUUUGCACCACGAUGAAAGAUACUUUCCGGAGCCCAAUGAGUGGCGUCCAGAGAGGUUUUUGACAUCUUCCGAAUAUGACAACUUGCAUUACUCCUUUCUACCAUUUGGGGACGGACACCGGGCUUGUACAGGUAAACGCUACGGAAUGUUACAGCUGAAGAUAGCCUUAAGUCAAAUAAUUCACAAGUUUAAAAUUGAACCUGUCAUGCCAUACAAUCUGAAAAGUGAUCCAUACAGUGUCGCUCUAGCUCCGAUAGAUGGAGCUAGUGUAAAGUUUGUUCCUCGAUAG